UUAAAAAUAUAGAAAUGUUCUUAAACUGUCAUUAGAACCAUAAAAACACUCUUAAAAACCCGCGCCACUUCAACUAAAGCCUUUUGAAAUUAGUGGAGGUGCGGGCACAAGUGUUGCAGAAUGAUGAUGGUGGUGGUGGUGGCAGUGGCGGACGCAGCACCACCAGGCGGCGCCGCACGGAAGACUCCUCACAACAACACGGCAUCUGAGAGGAUGAUUUAGUCUUAUUUCCCCACCUCAUUCUUCCCUUCCCCUCACUGUGAUGUGACUCCACGCGCCACACUCACUUAGAAGAGUGUGUACAUAACUUUACAGUACAGAAAGCACUGUAUAUAUCUCCAAAUGAAGAUUUGAUGAAUUCAUGGGUAGGAAUGAUAGCAAUGUGACAAAGAUGAGGAAAAAACAGAUCUUGCUGCUGAAGAUCGGCGUGGUGGUGUGGGUGUGCGUCAUUUACGCCUUCUUUCUGCACAAACCGGCUGCUACUUCUACACAGAAGUCUCAUGACAUCACUGAGCAGCUGGACAAAUUGGAGGAAGAACUCAACAAGCAGUCCCAGUUCUACAGCGUUCUGCUUAAUAAGCUACGGACAAUGCAUCAGCAGCAGCAGAACUUAGGGGAUGAGGCAGUGCUGCAGGACCCAAUAGUUGAGUCACCACUACUGGAUGGACCAGUCCUACCUGUGCUGCUAAUUGCCUGCAACAGAGAUGCUGCAGUGCGGCGCUCACUUGACUUGCUGCUGAAGUAUCGGCCCAGCCAGGAGCGCUUCCCUAUAGUGGUGUCCCAGGACUGUGGGCACCGGCCAACCAGGGAGGCCAUUGAGUCAUAUGGGGAGAAAGUGACCUUAAUUCAGCACCCAGAUCUGAGUGACAUAGAAGUGCCUCUGAAGGAGAGGAAGUUCAAAGGUUACUUCCUGAUUGCCCGACACUACCGGUGGGCUCUCAACCAGAUGUUCCAGAAGUUUGAAUACGAGGCCGUCAUUAUUGUGGAGGAUGACUUGGACAUUGCACCAGACUUUUACGAGUAUUUCUCCGCAACGUACCCUGUUCUGCAGGCUGAUCCAACUCUGUGGUGUGUGUCAGCAUGGAAUGACAAUGGGAAGGCAGAUCUGGUGGAUGUGAAGAAUGGCACUGGCUUGCUGUACCGGACAGACUUCUUCCCUGGACUGGGGUGGAUGCUGACCAAGGAGCUGUGGGAGGAGCUGGGCCCCAAGUGGCCACGCUCCUACUGGGAUGACUGGGUGCGCGCACCUGAGCAGCGUUCUGACCGAGCAUGCAUCAGGCCAGAGAUUUCCAGGACACGCACCUUUGGGAAAAAGGGCGUCAGCAAUGGCCUGUUCUAUGAAAAGCACUUAAAACAAAUUUACCUGAAUGAUGCCUAUACCUCAUUCACAAAAAUGAACCUCACCUACUUAAUGAAGGAUCAUUAUGACCUGGUGUUUGAGAAGCAGGUGCAGGCCAGCCAGGUGGUGACCAUCAAUGAUGUGAAGGGCGACCGCCUGGCAAAGGGCGGCUUCUACCGUCUCAUCUAUCACACUAAAGACAACUUCAAGAAGCUGGCCAAGUCUUUGGGCCUUAUGGAUGACUUCAAGGCUGGGGUUCCAAGAACAGGCUACAAAGGGACAAUAACAUUCUUCUAUAGGGGCCUGAGAAUAUUCCUUUCACCAGGCAACAACUGGAAAGGUUACAACCCCAGCUGGAGCUAACACCACCCAGUCAGUAGGAUGUUCCUGGGCACAGUGGCUGUCCCCCUGGUGUUUGUACCGGUGGAAGUGAAUAGUGAGCCAAUAUUUUUUGGUUAGCAGUGUUGGUGGCAAGGUGCAGCAUUCUUUGGGUUCAGGGUUGUAGGCUUGGUUAGUUUCAUCACAUAUCAGGAUUCGCAUUGCAUCAGUUAUCACUUGUUCAAUUAUUCAUCCAUCAUUUUACUCACGUGCACACCAUCAUAUGUGAUUUCCAAGAAAAUUUUAAACAGAUUCCUUUGCAGUUAGGUUUUCCUUCUUCAUCCUGUCUUGUUCUUUACGAAGUGUUUUCUGUACUCCAGGCUGCAAAGGAAUGGACCAAGAUCUUAUACCAUAACAGCAAGCUAGAUUCUCAUUUAUUUAUAAUUGCACACACACACACACACACACACACACACACACACACACACACACACACACACACACACACACACACACACACACACACACACACACACACUUAUUCCUAACAUCUGUAUGUGGCUGUGGGAAAUUAUGGCCUCUACAUAAAUUACAGAAUCUUGUUCUGUUAAUGGUUUUCUUCCUAGCUAUUAAUUCAUGAUAAAUUUGCAAGCUGUUAUAUAUUUUUAUAUAAUUUUUAUCUUAAAGAAAUGCAAAGACAUCUCGAGUUAAAAAAAAAAAACACUUAAAUGCCUCAUCUUUUUCCUCUUUAUUUUAAAACUGAAAGUGAAUGCAUGUUAAAUAUGAAGUUAAUUUAUAGACCUUGCAUAUUUCUGAUUAUAAACCUGGCACAAAAUUUCCCCAACAGUUUUAUUAUUUUAAAAUUAGUCUAUAAUUAUACUUAUUGUGUGACAUGAAUUAAUUAUGGUGUUUGUUAAUAAAGUUCACAAAUAGGUUUUAUUUCACAGGUCUGUUUUUUUUUUUUUUUUAUUUAUUGUUAACUGAUAUUAAAGAUUUGUUCAAUUUGUAUUAAACAUUAAAUGAACACAUUUAAGACUAUUGUAUAAUUCAGUAGUAAAUUUUAACUUUU